GCUGCCUGGGGGCGGAGUCAGCGCACUAGAGUCGGUGCUCCAGCAGUUAGCUCCUCCCGGAGUGGAUUCAUGGGGAAGAGGAGAAGCCCAGGUGGGCGAGCAGCGAACACCAGCGCCCUGGAAGCCCCAUCUGGGGGUCAUGGGGGGGCAGGUGAGGCUGCCACCCGGAGAGCCCUGCCGAGAAGGUUAUGUGCUGUCUCUGGUCUGUUCAAACAUCUCCCAUGCUUGGUGUGAGAUCACAAAUGUGUCACAGCUACUGACUUCUGUCCUCUACAGAGAUCUGAAUGCCAGCAUACCCAGCUCAAACAUUUCUGAGAAUGUAGAAAACAAAUAUAGUCUUUAUGUGGGCUUGGUUCUGGCAGUAAGUUCCAGUAUUUUUAUUGGCUCCAGCUUCAUAUUGAAAAAGAAGGGCCUCUUGCAAUUGGCCAACAAGGGCAUCACUAGAGCUGGACAAGGUGGACAUUCUUACCUCAAAGAAUGGCUCUGGUGGGCAGGACUACUGUCAAUGGGAGCAGGUGAGGCUGCAAAUUUCGCAGCUUACACUUUUGCACCUGCCACUUUGGUCACUCCUCUUGGUGCUCUGAGUGUUCUCAUAAGUGCAAUAUUGUCUUCCUAUUUUUUAAAUGAGCGCUUGAACAUUCAUGGGAAAAUUGGCUGCAUUUUAAGUCUCUUGGGCUCAACUGUGAUGAUUAUUCAUGCCCCACAAGAAGAGGAAGUUGCUUCUUUGCAUGAAAUGGAAAUGAAAUUGAGAGACCCAGGAUUUAUUUCCUUUGCUGUGAUCAUAAUUGUGAUCUGUUUGGUGCUGAUUUUUAUUGUGGCUCCCAAGAAAGGACAAACCAACAUAUUGGUCUACAUUUUAAUCUGUUCAUUGAUUGGAGCAUUUUCAGUGUCUUCUGUCAAGGGCCUGGGAAUUGCUGUUAAGGAACUGUUGGAGUGGAAGCCAGUUUACAAGCAUCCCCUGGUCUUUAUUUUGCUGGCUGUACUUGUACUUUCAGUGACAACACAGAUUAACUAUCUCAACAAGGCACUGGACACCUUUAAUACGUCUCUUGUGACUCCUAUUUAUUAUGUGUUUUUCACAUCCAUGGUAGUGACUUGCUCUGCUAUCUUAUUUAAAGAAUGGUAUGGCAUGAAAGCUAGAGAUAUUAUUGGGACCCUGAGUGGGUUCUUCACCAUUAUAAAUGGCAUCUUUCUUCUACAUGCCUUUAAAAACACUGAUAUUACUUGGAGUGAGCUGACAUCAACUAAGAAAGAAGUCCUCUUUCUGAAUGGCAAUGAAGACAAGUAUGUCUUACUAGAGAACAUAGAAAGUUCAACUCCAGGAUGUGAAGAUGAUGUUACUUUGUUUAGUAGGACUGAUAAUUAAAGUCUCUAGAAACCCUUAAUCAAUAUGAGACACCAUCUGUAUGCAUAUGUGUGUAUACAUCAUAAGUGGUAUAGAUUCUUCAUUUUAUUGGUAAAUGAUUUGAAGAGGUGAAAUUCAACAGCACAAAUUAAGAUAUGAGACAACUACAGGAUAUAUUCUCAUUAACUUAUGGAAACUCAUAAGAUGUUUCUGUCUCAUUUCAAGUGCACAGUAGAAUAACAUUUUGGGGGGGUCUAUUAUUGUUUAUUGCUUAUUAUUAAUGUGACUUUAAUUAUUACUGUGAUUUCUCAUCACUUAUUUAUUUAAUAGAAAUAUUAGUUGCCAUAGUUCUAAAUUAAAGUUAUUUUUCUCAAAAUAAAACAAAAAUCAAAAUCAAAGAUUUGUGACAUUUGAAAAAAAAAAUCCUUCAGGUUGACUGGAUUUUUUUGGAUCCUGACAUAAAAUAUUAUGAUUUUGUUCAUUUGUAAUCUAGCCAAAUCUACCCAGGUUGGUAGUAGUAAAUUCUAUUAUUCAGAAUUCUACUAAACUGACUUCAUCAUUUCAGUUCUAAUGAAUUACAACUGAUAUUGACAGUAAUGGUCAUAUGACUGCAGAGUCCUAAAAUGCCAUUAUAGUCUCUUCAACAUAUUUUAGUAUUAAGAACAGCUAAAUGCAUUUGAAUUUUUUGAAAAGUAAUAAUCCAUGGGAAGUACAUGGAUUGAUAACUCAGGUCAAAUACAUGUUUACUGUGCUGAAUCAUUGUUUCACUUUCAUUGUAUACCAAAUGCAUAAGCUAUCAACACAACUUUAUAGGAAUGUAUUUCCUGAAAAGGCAGUGUUUGAAAACUGUAGUUGUUUUAAUGCUUUUAUUCUUUUUAUUGAGAAGUCUUGAUUUCUUAAGGAAACCUUCAAGAUGAGAAAAUGAAUGGUGCCCAAACAGAAGUUCUUAUGAUUCUCUACCCUAGUGAAUCUUAGUAUCAGAUAUUACUUCAGUGUUGCCCAUUAUAGAACCUUGCCCUUGAUAUAUUGUGCCCAGAUUAAAGGUUUUUAGAACAUAAGUUAUGUGUGACUUGGGUUGGAAAAGGAACUGAUGUUGACACACAUGCCCAUCAGAAAGAUGGGGAAAGAUGUAAUGAGUUAGAACAUGUGAAGAAACAAUGCAAUCACUGAAAAAUUCUAAACAUCUUGAGUGGGCAUAUACAUUUGAUAAAUCAAAAUGUAAUUGCAAAUCUAAAACUGAGAACCACUUUUUCCAAAUAGCAAGAUAAUGUCUAAGAAAAAAUAAAAUGCUGGAUCCCCACACUUAGACUACAUUGGCCUUAAGUGAUGGUUUCAUAUAUGCAUUUAUUUUAAUGUAUAUAUUUUCUCACAAGCAUACCAAAAGUUUUAUUAUCUGAAUAUCUACACAUUGAAAAUUACAAGUUUUCUUCACAUAGCUGAACUGAAAAUUAUUAAUUCUCUAUAUAAAUAGUUUUGUUUUAUUUCUUUUUUUGACAGCUUUAUUCUUGCUUAAUUAGUGGCUAAUUAUGUUUGGUUCACAGUACAGAAUGUUCAUAAAGCCCUUUUAGAUUUUGCAGUAUGAACUUUACACCUAUAUUUUAAGAGGGCUAAAUCAAGUACAUGGAAGCAACCACUAUCAUAUCUGACACUGAAUAGGCUUACAGUAAGUAAUACUUCCCUUUUGAAUCAACAUUUUAACUCAUAGUUUAAUUACCAGAUAGGAAAGGACCUUUUGUUGUCAAUUUACAUACAUCUUUUCUCAGUUUUUAUUGUACUAAUGCAUUUAAGACAAUCCAAGUAAAAUUGAAUCCCAUCAUAACAUUUUAAUACUAAAACAAAAAUGAUUCUAACAAAAUAUUUUUUGUUAAUAAAACAACUAAAUGCAAUAUUCUUAGAGAACUUUGUGGAAAGUAAUUUAUGUGAAAUGUUCUCAAACAUUUUAAUAAAUUGUACAUUUUUCUAUUUUUCAAAUGUUUAUAUAUACUCUUUUAGAAAGUUUUUGUAAAAAGUUUCUGUAUAUUUUGACUUGCAAUAAAAUAUUGUGAAUUAAUUAUCUUGUGAGAGUGGACUGGAGAUGGUUAUGGUAAGUGGAUUCACUCAUGUGGAAUAUAAGAAACUAAAACAAAUGAACUUGCAAAAAAGAAAAAUUAACCAAUUCAUCUCUUGGACUUUGUGAGUACAAUGGUAGUUAUGGAGGGAGGGGCAAGGAAUUUUAGUAGAGGGUGUGGUAACUUGACAUGUGUGGAUGUGAAACCAAUAAAAAUGUGGGGAAAAUCCCCACAGG